UGUUGUGGAUCAAAAUAGCAGAGAUGGCGACAAUGUUCAGAUACCCCGUCUUUCCUCAUCUGCAGGAUCCGUGUGACCCUGGUCUGUCGCUGUCACCAGGGAGGAGUGUCAUGGCGGAGCCCGACUACCUGGAGGGAGACUGUGAUGAGCUCAUCAAACCCAAGAAGCUGAUCAACCCAGUAAAGAACUCCCGUAACCACCAGGACCUGCACCGAGAGCUGCUCAUGAACCAGAAAAGGGGUCUGGCUCCUCAGAACAAACCUGAGCUGCAGAAAGUUCUGGAGAAGAGAAAGAGGGAGCAAGUUCUCAAGGCCCAGAAGGAGGAGCAGGAGGCCCACAAGAAGAGGAGCGACCUGGAGAUAGAGCUCAUGAAAAGACAACAGAAACUAGAGCAGCUUGAACUGGAGCAACAGAAAAUUGAGGAGGAGCAGGAGAACACCCCCGAGUUUGUGAAGAUGAAGAGCAACCUGCGCAGGACCAAACAGGAGACCGAGGGGGAGGAACGGACCACCUAAAAACCAGCAGGGGUGUCUGGGUCUGACUGUGCGCGUGUUUGUGGGCACGGAGACGUCAGGAGUGUGUGUACAAAAUAGAGAGUGUGUUGUCUGUGGCGCACGGUGGCGACCUGACCGUGGUCCGAGACGAACUUCCUGGCUUUCCCGACCCUAGCUGUUCCUUUCCCGCAGUGAGGAGAGAGACUUUACAGACUUUAAAGACCCCCCCUCUGUCUGCCUGCCACAGACCGCCAGUGCUCACCUCUGCUCCUCACACCCAUCCAGCAGCACACAGCACCCCCCGCAGGAGGGACCUAACACAGACAUGUUACAUGUAAAACGCCUUUUUAACGAAGGCGAGCAAGCUUCCAAUGAGCUCUGAUGGAGAAAACAACCAAACACACACACGGGAGUUUUCAUCCCUUCUGUUUUCACUCUUCUCUCCACAGCAAGCUGUCGUUUCUCUUUACUGUUAUCAAUGUUGUUAUCGUGGUUGGGUUUUUUUUUUUUUUCUUCAGAAUCAAAUAAGGAAAAGUGGACACUGGAUGGACUCUUGAAGCUGUGUAAUGUAAAAGCCAAACAAAAUGUGCUUUUGUUAUUUAUGUUUGUAGCUUUUAGCCCAGGUAUAGGGGAGGACACUUUUUAGUCGUUCUGUAUUUUAGGUUGUUUUACAGCAUAGUUUAUGAAGCCAGAACAGGACAAAGGGAGUGUACGGUUGUGUGAAACACUCACAUUUGCUUUAUUUUAUUUUAUUUUAUUUUAUUUUUUUUAAUUCCAAACAUGCCAUUUCCUCAGCUAAUGCAAUUUUGAGCAAUAGUGUAACUCCCAGGCAUGAGAGUGACCUUUUCUUUAUAUAUUCUGUUGUUUUGUAUGAAUAAAAGUGUUACGUAAUAAAUAAUUUAAGUUUUUGUUAUGGUGGUCAAUAAGAAUGAGCCUUGAGACCUGUCUAAUCAGUCUUUGUGUAAUUUUUGAACUUGAUAGGAAGCGCAGGGCAACCUGUCACUAAAGAUAUAAAUGAUUAGUAGUUUUUGGAAUAUCUGCGUGGCUCCUUUGUCAGUGCAGUAUUUUGUCUUUAUUCACAAUGAAGUUGUAGAUGUGCAGACAGAUAAAUUAAAUCAGUUCAUUUGUAUUAAAAUGGCAGUUAUCCUUAAAACUAUUAAACUCACACAUGAAGCCAUUACCAUACAAAAAUUCCAAAAUGGUUACACAAAGAAACUGUGAUAACUUUGGAUGUUAAAGCGCACGUGUAGGGGUUAUUUAAAAAUCACACAGUAACAUUAGUGGUUUAAAAUGCUGGUGUAUGGGUCUCCAGGAGAUGAUGGGAGGAAGCAAAUUUCUAACAACAUAACCCUUUGUUCUCCAGAAUCUUUUAAAUAAACAUAAUUUUAACACA